AUGAUCAGAGAUAUUGAAAAGAGACCUCUUGAAGAGGUCAAUGAUGAGUUGCUUGCUCUGGCUGCUGAACAGAAUGAAGCUGACUUGAAGCAUAAACAGAAAAGAAGAAGGCAUAAUUUUGCUGUGAUGACCCAAUAUACAUCUACUUUAGAUUCUAGUAGUCAACCUCAUGAGGAUGAUGGGAACAGAAAUGAGCCACCUCCACCUCCUGGUUAUAUUAGGAAAGUUAUACUUCGAAAUUUCAUGUGUCAUGAGAAUUUUUCAGUUGAAUUAACUCCAAAUUUAAAUUUCAUUGUUGGUAAUAAUGGUAGUGGUAAAAGUGCAAUCUUGACUGCAAUCAUUGUUGCUCUAGGUGUUAAAGCAAGUGAAACUAGUAGAGGCUCAUCAUUGAAAGAAUUGAUUAGAAAAGGUUGUAAUUCCAGUAAAGUGACUUUACAUUUAGAUAAUAACAAAGGUGAUUUAGAUAUCAAUGGUAAAGAUUUUGCUUAUAAACAUGACCAAUAUGGUGAUAUUAUUAUCAUUGAAAGAACCAUUAAAAAAGAUUCAGGUGCUAGUUUCAGUUUAAAAUCUAUAGAAGGUAUUGAAAUCAGUUCCAAGAAGAAAGACUUACAAGAUAUAUUAGAUUAUUUUUCAAUUCCUGUCAAUAAUUCAAUGUUUUUUCUUACUCAAGAUAUGGCAAAAAGCUUUUUAACUGCAAGUAAUGCGUCUGAUAAAUAUGAUUUAUUUAUGAAUGGUACUCUAUUAAAUCAAAUUAAAAAUAAUUUAGAUAGAUCAAAAGAAAUUACAUCGGACGCUCGAAACAAUAUGUCAUUCCAUUCUGAUACCUUAGGAGAGCUUGGAAAAGAAUAUCAAGAGGCUACAACUUUACUUAAUAGCAUUCGUGAAAAUUCCACGUUAUUGAAUGAACAGAAAGUAUUACAAGGGAAAUCAUUAUGGAUUGAUAUCAACCAUAACAGAAAGUCAGUGCAUACUCUGGAAAAGGAAAUUGCUAGUCUUGAAAGGGAUAUUAGGAAAUCUAAAGAUGUUCAGAAAUCAACAAAGGAUACAAUAGAAAGGCUUCGUUCUGAUAGGGUUGUAUUGGACAAUGAUAUAGAAAGAUUAAUAGACUUACAAUCACAGCAGGACAAUGAAUAUCAAACAGUAAAAGAAGAGAAACGUACUUUUAAAAAUAGAUAUGAUAAGGAACUCCAAAAACAAGAAGAAGUAAAAGAGAAUAUAAACCGAACUAAAUCAAGAAUUGAAGUAUUAGAACGUACAAUCGAAAAACUUGACGAGGAAUCUAGGAAUGAGUCUGGUACCAACAGGGAUGAAUUAAGGACGAGAUUGCUGAAAUUAGAGGAAAGCAAUAAAGAAAUAGAUGAAUCAAGGAGUAUAUUAACCACACAGUUACAGGAUAAAGAGACUGAAUAUGAAAAUUUGAUUUCUAAUAAUAGGAAAGAGUUAAAGUUCCAAAUGGAGGAAAUUAAAAGAAAAAAAAUUGAACUAGAUAGAGGAAAACAAGGUAAUCAUCAUUUUUUAAACAAUUUUAAUCAACCAGUAAAUAUUGCCGUAGAUGUUAUUAGAAAAAAUUCUAAAAGAUUCAAGGUUGAACCAAUAGGUCCAAUUGGUUCAUACAUCUCUGUUAAACAUGGAUAUGAAAAAUGGGCUAGACCGAUUCAAAAAUUCCUUGGUCAAAUAUUAAAUUCCUUUAUUGUUUCGGAUUUUGAAGAUCUAGCACUUUUAAAGAGAUUGAUAGCAGAAAGAGAAAAGUCUAAGAAUGCAUUGUUAAAAAGACUAUCAUUCAUUAAUUAUUCAUACGAUUCCUUUAAUUAUGACCAAUCAACUGCCAAAACUAAAUACCCGACAAUAGUAGAUGCCUUAGAGUUCAAAUCACCUGUAGUAGAAAAUUUUAUUGUUGAUAAUCAUAAAAUUGAGAAUAUCUUGUUAAUUGAAAACACUGAAGAAGCAAGAAAUUUUUUAAAAUCAAGACCAAAAAAUGUUAUUAUGGCCCUAACUUGUAGAACAGAAUCAGCGGGGUGUCAAAUAAGUGGAUUUGGUCUUAGGAUUGACACUGUUAAGUACGAUGAAAAGUCUCGUUUAAGGACUAGCUCCUUGAAUAGUGAUACCGUUUAUUUAGCUAACGUCAUCUCAGGAAUGGAAAGGGAAUUUUUAAAUUCGAAGAAAAAGAUCGAACUAAAUGAAAUGGCAAUAAAACUAGAAAAGGAUAAAUUAAGAGAAGAAAUACGGUCAUAUGCCGUAAAAUACAACAAGAACGAAGAUGAGAUUAAGAGGUUAACAAUCAUAAACAGUAAGGUCAUAGAUGCCAGUAAGCUUAAUGCCAAAAAAUCUGAACUUGAUCAGGAAAAACUUGCUCUUAAUGGUUAUGACAAUGUUAUGAAAGAAUUGGAAAGUAACAAAAAUGAAAUAUUAGAGGAAUCUAAACCAUGUUUUCAACGGUUAGAUGCUACUAAAGAGGCCUUCGAGAUAACAAAGCAGACAUUGAGCGAAAAAAGAAGUAGAAUUGAAAAAGGUAGCUCCGCAAUAAGUUCUUAUGAGGAAGAAAUUAAAGAUAUCGAUAAGAGGAUGUACAAUUAUCAAUCAAAAAUUGAAAAAAUCAAAGAUAAUAUUAAGGUUCUUGAAGAGGGUAUCAGUAAUCAAAUUGAUAAAGCAUUAACUUUUUGUACAGAAGAGGAAUCAGUGAAUUCAAAUUUACCUGAGGAUCAAACCGAAAUAAAAAAACAAUUACUAAAUAUUUCAACAAUGAUUCAAGAAUCAGAAAAAAGAAGUGGGUUAACUCAUGAAGAAAUAAUAUCCAACUUCGAAAAAUGUGAAGAAAAAUAUACCAAAGCAUAUCAAAAAUAUAAUGAAGUAGAAGAUGCGUUGAUAAAGCUCGAGGCUUCUAUUAAUGAAAGAAUACAGACUUAUACAGAGACAAGAAGUGUGACGUUUACAGAAGCUCUUGGCGAUUUUAUAUCAUCUUUGAAGGUCAGAAAUUUUAAAGGGAGAUUAGUAUUCGAUACUGAAAAAAAAUUAUUAGACAUAGAUGUUGGUUUAAAUUCAGAAUCGAAAUUAAGAUCGGUAGAUACACUUUCAGGAGGAGAAAAAUCCUUUUCUCAAAUGGCUUUGUUGCUUGCAACAUGGAAACCAAUGAAGUCUAGAAUCAUCGCUCUUGAUGAAUUCGAUGUUUUCAUGGAUCAAGUUAAUCGUACUGUGGGUAUAAAAUUAAUCAUUAAGAAAUUGCAUGAUUUGUACAAGACCCAAACCAUUAUUAUCACACCCCAAGAUAUUGAAAGAAUUGCUGAUAUAGAAAGAAAUGGAGUAAACAUCCAAAGAAUCCGAGAUCCCGACAGAAGAAACAACUCAAAUUACCAUUCUUGA